UGUCCUUGUUCAUACUUCAACUCAAUUAACAUUGCCCAAGCCCACACUACCAGCGCCAUGAACGACUACGAUUCCGUCCCGCGUUACCCCGACUACGCCAUUCACCGAUACGGGAUUUCUUCUGGCGACCGCAAUGCUCCGUGUUUCGUGUCUAACUCCACACGCCUUGAUUUCCGUGGCUGUCCGAUCACUUCUCGACAUCGCGGUACUUCGAUCAGGGAUCUGGAAGGAGAGCAGGGCAGUGGACAACCCAGACGCCGCAUCGCUGUAGCAUGCGCGCGCUGUAGGAAGCGCAAGAUUCGUUGCAGUGGCGAUCCUGGGAAUGGAUUGGGAUGCGAAAACUGCAGGGGCGCUGGUGCUGAUAUCACGCAGUGCCAAUUCAACCGAGUUGGCUCUGGAGAUGCAUUCAGCGUCAUGAAUUUGGCCGGUAACAUCCCUACCCAAUUUAGCAGCACCAUACCAACUGGAAAUUCCCAUCAGAAUGGGAUGAUCCCAAUAUACUCAGCCCCCCCUCCAACGUACCACCAAGCCUACCCCACCAGCCAGUAUCCCUCCGGCAAUACAAAGUCGGCAUACUCGCAGCCGUGGUCAUCAAUCCCUUUCGCUGAUGACUCCCCAGUAGAGUCUUAUGGCCUUACGAACAGUGCCAGUCUGAUGGGACCAGAGUCUAUGAGCUCUGUAUAUACCGCACCGGAGAGUAGCCUCCGAUGGAGCCAAAUGUCCCAGAAGUCAAUGCCCAAUGGCACCGGCGUAUAUCUCGAUCAAGACACCCCCGCAACUACCUAUGCGACCAAUGGUGUGCCAUAUCUCACGACCAUGAUACGACCAGCAGUUACCACUGAGCCGUUUUCGCCAUUGAACAUGACAUCGCUCAACUCGACUCUUCCGGUCGCACUGACUGACCGACAGUUACCUAUUCCGCAGGCAACUCGGUCUCUGCCAACGGCAGUCGUAGACCAGAAUCACACACGAGCAUUCCCAGCUGCUCAAGGUCCCAUUACUACCACCGUGAGCUCAAAUGGUAGUUACACGAAAGCUGCUAUGCCUUGGUCUACCGAAGGCAGUAUAGCCAGAGGUCGCCCAAGCUCAAUCACGAGCUCUUCCUCAGGUGACAUCAUCUCACCAACCCCGUCCAAACCAUACAUGGCCGCUGCAUCCGCUCCGGAGCCCGUUCUAGGUUAUCAUGUUGCGGACGCAAACAGCCCUGAGCCAUCUCCUACCAGCACCGCGCCUUCUAUGUCCUACAGCAGCACUUCUUCCUCAGAUUCGACCAUGCCAGCGACAUCUUUAAGCACAGGCUACUCGCUUAUGCGCCAACAGACCCUUCCCGUCUGUACAUCUAGCGAAAUGGCUCUCUCUCGCCAGGAUUCUUGCCCCAACCUAUACUCUUUUAGUGUGGAGCAAUCAUCUAGGCACAAUUCUUCAGGGGAGGUCACCGCGACCGAGGGGACACUCGUGAACGGACAACGAUACGCGCCGCUCUCUCAGCCUCAGCAUGCAACCAGCAUGGAAUCUUUACGACGUGACUCGUUUGAGCACCGCACAAGUCUGACCCACCGUGCUUCGGUUUCAGGUGUCGGUCAUAUUUACCAAGCAGGAUAGCUUUCGCUCACUAUCAUUCAUUUCAGUCUUCUUUGCUCCGCAUCUUCAGAACUGUUCGCCUAACGACAGACCUCAUGCUUGUGUUUGUCAUGACGGAGCUCAAGUCCCAUAUUUCAGUCCUCCACGCACUAGGUACUCAACCUUACAAACUAAUUCGAAUUAACGGCUUCUCUCACGACCU